AUGGAUUGGCUAGUGUGGUAUUACUUUCUUAUUAGCGUAUCAUUUGUCACAGUGAUUGCUGAUGCUGGUCAUGUGAAAGCAAUUUAUGGUCAGCAAGAUGAACGUAUUCGACUCGAAUGUAUAGUGUCAUCGAGAUUAGAUGCCGAAGAGGCCAUGUGGAUGCGCAUUCGUCAACCACACAAUCCUGAUAUUUUAACUUAUCGAGAUAGUGUUGUCUACGCACCAGAUCGAAUCCAGCUUGAACAGCGUCGUCUCAGUUCAAGUAUUAAUGCAAAUGGCGCAUUAGUUGACACAUAUUUUUUAACCUUAACACUUUUACGCUCGAAUAUUGAUGACGAAGGACGAUAUGUUUGUUCAAGAGGAAAAAAUGUUUUUGCUGAGUACGAUCUUUCCAUUAUUGUUCCUAGUCAAUUCGUCGAAGAUGAUAAUUUUAAUCAACAACGGACUAUUCGCGAAGGAUCGACUCUCCAGCUUUUCUGUUCAGCUACAGGUCGACCACAACCUUCAAUAACAUGGUCUUAUCGUGCGACGGAUGGGAAACAUAUUUCAUUGGCCGAUGGUCUGGCCUGUAAUGACACCGUCUGUGAAUUACGUCUAGAAAAUUAUACACGCAAUGAUCCAAACAUAAUUGAAUGUGUUGCUGAUAAUGAGAAGUCAACAAGAAUAUCGAAAAUAUUUAACGUCGAUGUCCAUUAUCCACCAAAACUUACUACAAAUACUCAAACAUAUACACGUGCGAAAAGAAUCGAUAUCAUUAUCCAAUGUUCUUCCAUAGCGAAUCCGCCCGCGUCGAUUUUAUGGCUUGAUGAUACGAAACGAGAAUUGAAUCAUUCGCAUAUUUAUGACAUAAAAACAAUCAAUCAUACGUCAACAUUGUCUUUUUCUGUAUUUCCUUAUGAACAUUCGCUGGUUAUGUUCUACUGUCAUGCAAAUAAUUCAAUUGGAAGCGACGAGAAGUCAAUUAAUAUCUCAGAUUUUAUUCAAUUCGAUUCGAUAAUGAUUCGUGAGACAACGACUGUUUCAUCGGAAACAACGACAAUUGAUUCUGAUAAAUUAUUUUCAAAGAAGCAAAAAACUCUGCGACCAACUCGUGCUCGAUCUCGUGUAUCUACAAGUCCCAUUCCUUUGACGUCUCCUAUGCAGUCACUAUCAUCCUCAUCGAACAGUUUCAUUUAUUCUUUUGCAAGCCAUUUUCUUAAUUUCAUUUUGAUUUUCUUUGUCAGUUGUUUUGUAUAG